AUGAAGCGGCCUGCCCUGUACACAACUGGAACCGCUUUGGCAUUGCUCACUGGACAUACCGCUCUCUCCUGGAAUAGCUCGCAAUCCCCAUACAGCGAGUUCCAAGAGAAGUUUACUAGGGCUCUCAUUCGCCGCUUUCAAGAGGAGCAGAUCACAGAUGAACAAAACAACGCAGCAGCACGCGUUGUAUUAGGCCUCCCGGUCAGGCGACUGAACGUCAAUGCUCGGAAUAUUGAAGGAGAUACGUUGCUCAGUCUUGCAUUUCAGUCGGCAAAUUUCCCAAUGGUGUACCAGCUGCUCAAAGAUCACAAUGCAUCUGUCUCCAUCACGAAUACAUACGGCGAGACUCCCAUCCAUUGGCUCUAUAAGAUUCCAGCUGAUAACCCGAUCAUCGUUGAGGCUAUCGCAGUGCUUCUUCAUGAAGCUGAAGCUGAUGUGGAGAAGUUUGCAAAUCGACCUGAAGGUCUCGACCACCAAUUGUUUUCAAAUCCGCGCAUUUUCCCCACGCCUUUGCUCCGGGCAGUUGCAAAUCGAAACAUCCCCGCUGUUUCGUGCCUUGUCCGACUUGGGGCUGAAGUGUCCAUGGCAGAGGGGAGUGCGUACGCAAAACUAGGGCUUUCUCCCCUCUCACUCGCUGCCUCAAUGUUGGAAGACGAGUGCCUGGAGGUGAUGCUUCCGUAUUGGACUGCGGAGCCUUCCAGAAGUGACCCGGACGAGAACGAGGUACUCGAGCUCUGGGAAGAGGCGAUCGGAGGUUUGUCGGUUAUGGAACGAGUCAAGAUUCAUGGCGACCUGUACAGAGCCCGCAUAAGUCGCACUUUGGAGGUCCUGUCGUCUUAUCUCGGCCCAUGUUAUUUAGUCUCGCAUGGGCGAUCAAGCCUCGAAUACGCAGCGGAGGGCGGCGAUCUUGCGUGGCUGGAGGCGAUCCUGGAGAAAUAUUACUCCGACCCAACAAAAGCUGUUCUAGCCGACAUGCAAAGGAGUCUCGAGGCUGCUGUGUCUAGGGGGCACAUUCACAUUACCUCCAGGUUACGGGACCAUGGAGCCUUGGCACUUCUGCCCAAUAAAUGGGCUUGGAGUAUUUACUCUCGUGGCCGCCCGGGCAGAUGGGACGAGAACCUUGUCAAUCGGCUGAAUAAACAGACCUUCGAGGCAGGGCACGCAUGGGACGAGACGAAAUGCUCGCUUCACUUUUGUAGCCUAGCCGGGAGCGAUGCUGUUCAGAUCGCGGACGAUAUUCUCAAGCGACCGGUGGUCAAUGAGUCCUUGGUACCGUCUCUGCCGGAUUUGAACGACCACGGCUUAACUCACCACAUCAUCUGCGAAAUCAAAGGGUGGUAUGUCGGGCUCAACAGACCAGACGAGGAUAACUAUACGCCUCUCUACGGAGCUAUAGCUAACGCGGAGUUUCCAUUGGCCCGACACUAUCUCGAACAUGGAGCGACGAUUGAGGUUGGGCCGGUGUCGCUGUUAUCCCAAAUAUUCGAGGAUAGCAGGACCUGUCUCCCGAAUCAGCUCGAAUUCGUUUUAGAAUAUCUCCAUUUCACCAGGAAGGAGGCAAUGAGAGGACAUCAACAGGGAGGAUCCACAAAGGUUAAGAUGGAAACCGAAAGUAAUCGCUUUGUCAUUAAACGGCGCAUGUUUGGCAGGCUCCAGCCUUCACUGGAUUUCAGCCUUAGAUCAAAUCUCUCAAAUCCCGAGUUUCAAGUUCGCAAUUGGACUUUGGAGAAGCACACCUUGAUCACCGCAACAGCUGAGGCCUGUAAAGGUUUCGAUAACUUCAACAAAAGACGGUGUUGGCGACCAAUUCUCUCUAUUUUCAACGAUCCUGUCGCACUUCUAGAAAAAGCCGAGAACGGAGAGGAUGCCCUGCAAAUUUGUAUCAGGAACGGAGAUUACAUUUCAUUGGGGUUGCUAGUCAACUGCCUCAAGAGAGACAUUUUCGACGAAUACACCGUGGUCGAUACUAUCCGAGAUCUUAUCCUGGAUGAUUUGCCAGCAUACAUUGCUGAUAGUCCAAAAAAGCGGCUAAUAAUUGCCUAUCGUUGCGACUUAGGUGAGAUGAUCAAAACAAUGGUGGAUGCCGGCGAUACCGGCAGAAAGUGCCAAUCCGACGUAGGCGGGAAGAUUGUCGGGGUACUCGACAACGAGUUUCCUAUCCUAGCCCAGGGGUUCUCACAGCGAGUGCAUAGCCCUGAAUCGAUUGAAAGAUUCACUCAAGAUUCGGAGUCAUUCUGCAAUGCCCUUCUUGCGGCGUUAUACAGUUGCCCGAGCAUACAGCAUCCUUCUGAGGUUAUCCUAGGUCUUGACCAAGGCUUUCGGAAGAUUCUGUACCCAUAUUUUGAUCUUCAGAUUCAUUGGGGGAUGUCAAGGGGGUUCUUUGCAGCAAGGGUUGUUCUUACGCCAGUAAUAGGGCGGGACCUACAGCUCCUCGGACGGAAAGAUAAGCGACCACAGGUCCAUCAAAUCAUCUGCGCUGAGACAGACAGUUCCCAAAGCCGUGGGCCUCGACCAAUACCCCUAGUUGACUGGAAUAUCUUCAGGAAAUUAAUAGUCCUGGUAGUGCGUUCUGAAAAUCCAGAUGGCAUGCCUCUCCCAAGUUUCCUGGAUCCCCCAAGCCUUACGAUCAUGACGAAUCUUGGCUUCCUACAAGGCACGGUCAUCCGUAUUCCCGGAUUGGAGUUUUUCAUAGCGACGGUUCUUCACCAAAUCUUUCCGGGCCGGCAGGUUAAGCCAAUCGCCAGAACCAACAAAUCAGACCCUCCAUACUACAAGUCGAUAGGACCGCUGCGUCAUUACGGCAAUGGACAACGUGAAGCGUAUCAUAGCAGUCAAGAAAGUAAAGAUGCGUACUUCCAAUACGUAAUCACUCAAAUCAACCCUUCAGCGAUAUCUAUACUAAAUAAGGAAAGGGCUCGCCAAGCGAGGGAAACCUUGAUAAACUACGUUGAUAACCUGGUUGAUACGAGAGCGCUCACUACAAUGGACCCAAACUUAAUACAUCCCCACUUUGGGCGUACCAGAGGACGCGAUAGGUAUCAGGAUAUACCACUGGAGGUUUUCUUUGAAGUAGUGCGGGGACAAGAACGAUAUAUUAUCGAGCAUUAUGAAAGACUUGGAGUAGACAUGCCUGACAAGUGGCAGAGGAUCCUUCACUUGAGGGAUAGCAGUACUGAGGAGGAGUAA